AUGGCUCCGCUCUCUCUGAAGAUAGUCCACGGUGGCGGCGCCAUCACAAGAACCUUGCUGUUCGACAGCACCAUGAGGGUCAGCGAGGCCCACGACAUCGUCAGGGAGAAGGUGCUUUUGGAUGGCCCUGGGAAAGACUACGGGCUGUUCUUAACAUCAGCUGAUGACGAGCUCUCGGGUGUGUGGCUAGAGGGGUAUCGAACCUUGGACUACUACAUGCUGCGAGAUGGGGACUCUUUGCAAUAUCUCUGCAGGACCCGAAAUUUGCGGAUCAGAAUGUUGGAUGGUACCGAGAAAACUAUGCAGAUCGACGAAUCAAAGUCCGUUAGCGAGCUGAUGGUUGUCAUCUGCAACAAGAUCGGUAUAACGAAUCAUGAGGAGUACGGCUUGUGUUUUGAAGAAGAAGAGAAACAGACGCAAGAAGAGAAGCCGGCUACUGGGACCCUCACUUUGAGGAGGAAGCAGCCGACCAGGGAGAAGGAUGCGAAACUGGAACAGCUCAGCAAGAAACUGAAGACCGAUGACAAUGUGGAAUGGCUCGCUCAGCACAAAACGCUGCGGGAAAUCGGCGUCGACCCGAAGGAGAGACUACUGCUGAAGCGUAGGCUCUUCUACUCCGACCGCAACGUGGACUCGCGUGACCCCGUCCAACUGAACCUUUUGUACGUGCAGACGAGAGACGCCAUUCUGGACGGCCGACAGGUCGUGACAGAGGCAAAAGCAAUUGAAUUUGCUGGUAUCCAGUGUCAAGUACAAUAUGGUGACUUCCAAGAGGAGAAACACAAACCUGGAUUUAUUGAAAACCUCAAGGAGUUCCUGUCGGAGCAGUACGCCAAUUCGCGGGGCGUGGAGCGCAAGGUGCUCAAAGAGUUCAGCCGACAUCAUGGCCUCAGCCCUUUGGAGGCCAAGCAUCUGUACACGAAGACGGCACGAGAACUGCCUACGUAUGGAGUCACCUUCUUCUUGGUUAAGGAACAGCAAAAGGGAAAAAAGAAGUUGGUGCCGCGACUCCUGGGCAUCAACGCUGAGUCCAUCCUCCGCUUGGACGAAGUCACGAAGGAGAUACUCCAAGUGUGGAUGCUGACGCAGGUGAAAACCUUCCGAGCUGGAAAGGAAACUUUUACCCUGGACUUUGGAGACUACAGCGACAAGGAAUACACGGUGAAGACGAACGAGGCGCAUCGAAUCCGGGACAUACUGCAGGGCUACAUCGACAUCAUCCACCGCUCCGUUGCCACCCCGUUCAACGUGGUUCCGGACGAGGGGCAAGCCAUCUGCGAGGAGAACGUGCAGUCUUCGAAGGGACAGAUCAUCGAAACUGUUGGCCCCAAGAAGUUGAUCAAGCAUUCAUACAUCGGCCCCAGCAACUUGGUGCCAUUGGCUCAAGGUUGUGAAGCCACGCAAGGCACCCAGAUUGUGACAGUGAAUCAGAUGUUGGUGACCAAACCAGGUGUUGUGCGAAGACGAGGGGUUGCGGGAGGAGCCGGUGAGCGUGGUGUGAACUCAACGGAAUACCUUAAAAAGCUUAACCGUGUCAACUCCAACGCUAUGGAAACUGUGGAGUUUUUGACCGAUCCAAACAAUCAACGAGCGCAAAAAGUGUCCAAGGUCACCGCCCUUGCCACUAUUAUCGAAGAGGAAAUGAACAGCAUAAUUGAAGGCAUCCACAGGAGCGUCGAAAAAGACAACGAAGAAGUCAGGAAGAAACUUCUCUCUGAAUUGGACGAGCUUUGUGCAAACUUCAACGUUUUGCUGAACACUUCGAAGAGAGACGAUUUCGGUUCACCGGAAAGCCUGACCACAUCUCAGGAGACGGCCGAGAAAAUCGUGGUACUUUGCACAGGGAUGUUCUGCGCGCUAGACCCUGGCAUCAAGAGGCGCAGCAGAAUCCUAAAGAGAUCGCAUCAGAGCUUUAUUGCGGACGAGAAAACGGAAGCUACUUUACGGCGAGCGUCCUUCCUAGCGGCUGCAUCGCACGCGUGCAAAGCUGUCGACAAGGCCAAGGAGGGGUUGGAUACGAUGUUCGAAGGCUCUGUUCCAGAGGUUCACGAGAUUCAAAAUUUAGAAAGGGAAGCCAGGAAGAAAGUGGGAAAACUAAAUGCAGCUGUAGCAAUUCUUCUAUCCGCACAAGCUGAUCCCGACAAUUUGGACUACACAGCAGCUAUUACGUCGAUGACCACGAUCGACGAGCUGUUGCCAGAGUUGAUUCAAGACGCCAAAGCUCUGGGCAGCGGUAAGGACGAGAGGUCCCGCCUCUCUCUCUUGAGCCGCAUACGGUCGUUGUGUGAUGCUGCACACAGCAUCUGUGCUCUCACGGGCGAGGAGGACAAAGAGCGAUUGCAAGAGCUCGCUUAUAGGUACGCCAAGUCCGCCGAUAAACUCAUCUUCACUUUCGGCCGCGGCACGGUAGCAGACAAGGAAAACGAGAUUUUAGAUUUAGCGAGAGACAUUGGCGAUAAGACAUCGAUGCUGCUGAUGAAGACACACGAGUUGAUCAACCUGGCACAAUCUGAUCCUCGGGCUGACGAGUUGGAUCGGGCUGGUGCGAGGUGUGCAGAUGACUCCAGGAUACUGCUCGCUUGUGCUCAGUUGACAGCGUCAUCGAUAGACGAGUCCCAUUGUCAGAGUGCGAUGACCGCUGCAGCGGAGUCUUUGACGUCAUCGGCCCAACACCUUACAGCGACGUGGAAACCGCUCGUCGAGGAGCCGGGGCGUAGGAUGUACGAGCACAGCCUGUCGGACUUGACGACGGACCUGAUGAAAGCGUUGGACAGACUGAGAAACGCUUACGCUGACUUGUCAAGUGAAGGCGUUCGUCCUGCGGAAGAUAGAGCUAAGAUUGGGGACGAUGUGAAACAGAAGGAACGUAUGAAGUUUCUAGCAACCAUGACAACUGCUUCAAAUAACAUCGCGGACGCACAAAUGGAACUGGAUAAGCCUAUGAAAGAAGAAAUUGAUGGGCAAAGAGCUAAGGAGUUGCAGCGUCUGCUGGCACAACGGUUGGCACAACUGAAUUCGGCCAUUGCCUCCCUCAUAUGCGCUACCGCCGACCGUCAGAACCCAGAUUAUAAGACAGCUGAGCAAGCCAUCGCCAUUGUGUCUGACCUGAUGCCGGCACUGGUUCGUGAUCUAAAGGCCAUGAGCACCACAAACGAUGAGAAAGCCGGUCGCGCGUUACUAAACGACGCUCGUGCACUAUGCGAGGCAACACGCGACCUCUGCGCUGUAAACGAAAGUGGCAACAUCCAGGAUGAAAACGACGCUGCGUCCAAAUUCGCAAGAUUUUCUUCUAAACUGAGCUACGUGUUUACACCGAGAGUUGACCCAAGGAAAGGAAAUAUGAUAAUAGAACUCUCAAAAACUUGCUGCGAGAAGGCCUCCCAGCUACUCACGCAUGUCAACCAGCUGGUAGACGAGGAGGGGGCUACGGGCGAUGCUGGGGAAGAGGGAGCCGCGCUGUUGGAUGAGCGGGGGGCGGCGCUGGUGGACGUAGUACAAGCGCUCCUCACUGCUGCACAGAUUACGGCACCAAGUUUUGGUGACCCUAGAUGCCAGUCUACGAUGUUGACGGCAGCAGACGAUGUAUCCUCUUCCUGCCAAGAGCUCGCCGCCAUCUGGUGCCCUCUAGUCAAGAAUCCGACGCGGGCGACCUUGCAACAGAAUUUGGACUCGAGCCGAAAGGAGCUGGAAGCAUCUCUUAACAAUCUACGAGAUGCCUGCAAGGACUUGGAUGUUUCGGAUCGGAACAACACGUAUACUGAUCAAUUUAAUGACGAAAUUCGUGAAAGAACUUCAACAGAGAACAACACAACUAAAGCCAAGUCGAAAGAAAUUAUAAGGGAUUUGAAAUGGGUGGGCAACUCUUGCACAGGCGUUUUCAACAUUGCUUCGGAAAUAUGUGACGGUGCAAAACAAUUGGCCAGCUCGCUAGGAGAGGAUGGCGAACACAUCGGAGACUGCGGAGAGAGGUUACUCGACACUGCUCAAGCGUUGUACGCUACUGUUGCGAAAGUCAUGCAGUCGUGUGGGGACCCUCCCGACUUAUUCAGUAUAGUCGCCGCCGCCGAAGCGGUCAGCUCUUCGUCUAUGGAGCUGGCAACCGCUUACGGUCCAGUAGAUCAGGAUGCGGCACAUGCGGAGAUCGUUGGCAAAAUUGUGCACGGCCGUGAACUGCUGGCUUCUUCGCUAAAGGAGAUAGAGAACGCCUGCCUGGAAAUGAUUGAUGUUUCAAAAACACCUCAAGAUGCUGACGAAACAACCGCUGCGUGGUUGACACAAAUACAAUCUAUGUCGGAGACCAAACGUGCCUUGGAACAGAUGUACGAGGAACUUGACACGCCCAUGACCGGAAGGACACCAGAAGUGAAGAUAUCGGAGUUGGAGAGAGACGCCGUCCGAAGAUUGGGCUGUCUCGAUUCCGCUGUAGCGACAGUUGUUCGGGCUUAUUCAGCGAAGAGACCAGACUACGACGGUGCCGAAAAAGCAACUAAGUCCAUUUUGGAAGUUAUGCCUCUGAUUAUCACUGACGUCAAGCUGUUGAGUGCAAACCAAGACGAAGAGCAUCGUCGAAACGCGAUGGGAGAACUUAAAACGCUGCAUUCCGCGACCCUCGCCCUUGUUGACGCUGUAGAAAAUGAAAAUGAUAAGGAUCUGAAAGAGGCACAAUCAGCGUAUGCUGUGGCUUCACAAAAACUUAAUGCUACAAUCGCUCCUACUGCUGACAUCAGGAAAACGAAGCAAAUUCAAAGUUUAUCACUAGUAGCGCGCGAAAGGGCAUCGGAAUUGCUGGGCGAUUUGGAGGCCGUUUUGAAAUCUAGAAGCAGCGAUGAUUUGGAUCCCUCGUUGGACAAAGUGGUCGACGCCAUGCGGAAUUUCCUGAAUACCGCACAGAUUUUACCUAUACACAUUGAAAUAAAUAUAAAACAUUCGAAGAAUACGGCUGAUACCGCGAGCGAUGUCAGCUGCAAGUUCGAGCUGCUGUCAUCAGCUGAAAAUCUGGAGGAGUGCUGCAAAGAGCUGUCUUCCAGCUGGCGUCAAUUGGAGUCGAACCCCAUGAGGCGCCAGCUCGAAGCGAGGUUGCGGGAUUUGGAUGCUGCAAUCUCUGCUCUGAAGGCUGCUUACCACGGUCCAGAUGAAACAAACUCCGAUGAAGACAGGCUUAAGUUUAUUGCAACUCUGUCUGCAGCCAAGAAUAAUGUUCAAAGUGCACAUGAAUUGAUUAACAAACCCUCGGCUACUCUUCCGCUGAUGACAGGAGCUGAUCUGCAAAGGCUGUUAGCACAGCGGCUGGCACAGCUGAACUCUGCUAUUGCGUCUCUUAUACAAUCUGCUGAUCAUGAGAAUCUUAACUAUGUUGAAGCAGAUAAGGCCUCCAAAGCGAUUGCCAAACUUCUGCCGGCCAUUAUACGAGAUUCAAACGCUUUGACGAAUGAUGACGCAAGCGGAAGGGACCUGAUGAGUAAGCUGAGAUCUCUCUGUGAUGCGACAAGAGAGCUCUGCUUGGAAGCCGAACUGGGUCAGGCCAAAAGAGCAAAUGAUUCCAUCUCAAAGUUCGUGGACGCGUCGAACAAACUUCGUUACGUGUUCAAUCCUAGGGCAGAUGCAAAGCGAGAGAAUGUGGUUAUGGAGUUGUGCAAGGAGAUUAAUAACAGAGCUUCCUCCCUCAAAUCGCCGGCGCUCGUGGAUGCUGCUCAAGGAUUGCUCACCGUCGCUCAAAUUACAGCCUGCUCUAUUGAGGAUCCCAACUGCCAAUCAACCCUACUCUCAUCAGUGAACGAAAUGCUGUCAUUGUCUCGUCAGCUGGAUAACGCUUCUUCGUCACCUCUGCCAGAUACCUUGAAGAAGAAAAUGAACCAAGAAAGGUCUAAACUGGAGGAUGCUCUUAAUGAGAUAAAGGCAGUGUGUAAGGAUGCUUCUGAUGCGACGCUGAGACCGGUAAAGCCGCCAGUACCAAAGCGCAUGUCCUCUACAGAGGUCGACCAAGGACAACUCUUAGCGGAGAAGCAGCAUCUAGCCCAAUCUGUGGACGAAGCGAUCAGGAGCAUCCAGAAUGUAGAAAAUGAGAUUACAAAGAUUUCCGUUGACGGUGCUGAGAUAAUUUCACCGGAAGCGAUCCAAGUUGCGUCUGAGCAGCUGGAGAGGAAACUGUCUUUAGCCAGCGUUGCAGUUUCGCACCUCGUCUAUUGCAAUGAUCCACGAAAAAUGAACUACAAGGUGGCAGCGAAAUCCGCCAAGAGUCUCUCCGAACUCUUCCCGACUGUUGUUAAGGAGGUUCGUCAGCUCAAUAGUUCGGAUAUCAAACGAUCGAAGACAAUAUUAGACAACACUGUUCUUCUUUGCGAGGCCACGAGAGCGUUAUGCAGUACAGCGAAGAACGACAGCGAGAGGCUGAACGAGGUUGCUGUGGAUUACGCAAACAGUUCCGCUAAAUUGCUCUACUCUAUUGGCACUGGAGCAGACCCGAACCAAGAGAAAGAGGUGCUGGCCCGCGCCAAGGCGGUCGGCGACUGCGCGUGGCGACUGGCCACCGAGGGCGCUUCUUCGGCACAACUCCUGGCCGCUGAUGAUGCACGGGAUCUGUGCGCGGGGGGCAGCCGCUGCGCGGACGCGGCCGGCAAGCUGCUCUACGUCGCCAAGCUCGUGGCACCUUCCAUUCAAUACCCUGAGAGCCAAAAUAUACUACUGACGGCCGCCGAUCAGCUGUCGACAAGAGUGAAACAUUUUUCGUCGAUUUUGACUCCCCUGAAAUCGCAUCCAGAACACUCCAAUCAUCUCGAUGACCUUGAAAACGAAGGGCAGAGCUUAGAGAAGCUGCUCAACGACCUUAAAGCAGACGUCAAAGACAAAAAACUGGUGAAGAGGAAGAACGUCGAGGUUUUAACUAUUGAAAACACACCCAUGCGUCAGUUGGCUAAUGAAAUUUUGAACAACUACAAGGCGUAUGUGGAGUCGCCCACCCUGGACAUGGAAGGGCGGAGGAGGUACGCCCAGGACGCCGACAGAUUGGCUGCGGCGGUAGAAGAGCUGGACGUCGCCGAUGCCGUGUGCCGCAAAUCGCCGCAAGACGUGAACACUCUGCGUAGACUCGAAAACGCUACUCAGGACCUCCAGCAUACGUUGCUGCAUCGUCGUGGUGACCAGUCUAACGUCGUUGAUCUGAUGGAUUUCGUCAAAGACGUGAUCUCGAACGUUGCAGCUGUUUCGAAAUCGGCGGAUGAUUACAGCCGCCAACACGCCGGAGUGCAAAUUCAGAGCAUCAAGGUGGAGUGCAAUAAAAUGUCCGCCGGCGCAAUGAAGCUGACGGAACCGGCCGCGGAGGAGGCGACCCUCAACGAAGAUUUGUUUCGUAUCGAGACAUUUGCUCAGGAUUGCCACAAAGCUGUAUCGCUCGUCGAUUCAGCGGCGAGAAGUUUACCCGAUGUUAUGUCCAGGCGCGAAUUACAACUUAAGGCGCAAAGGUUGACGGACAGCGUGAAUUUGUUGAGGUUUGCUGCAAAGAGUGCUCUGGCGACCGCCAAUAGUGCGGCUUUAGACGAGACUCUGGCCGACCUCACCGAGAUGGAGAAAAGAUUGGGAGAUUUGUUGAAACCCAUUCCGGGCGUGAAACAACCUCAGCACAUUAAGGAGAGGAGCCCCGCUGCGCAGCGCCUGCGGCUCUCCGCGUCCUCGCUUCGGCGGGCGCAGGACGUCGCGCCGGCACUGGCUGGCUACGUCACUGAACAGCGAGCGUGUGCGGACCUAAACGAUCCGCGCCACAAGCGAAUUCUAGAAGAACAUCUCAGAAGGCGAUUGCUAUUGGCGAGCAAAUUGUUCAAGAGCUGGAAGACUUCAAAUCAAUCAGAUAGCAGUGAAGAAAAGCAAGAGGGCAAAGCUAUAGAUAACGGAUACGUUAGACGACUCCUUUUCCCGCCAAAGGUUGGGCUUAUAGGAAAUAAUAAAAGUGAACUCACCAAGAGAUAUCACCAGGCUAAAGGCAAAUUCGACUCUAUUAUUGGAGGCAUAGCGUCUAAUGUUGACAAACCGGAAAAGCUUUGCACGAGUAUCCACGCAACCGCAGACGUUGCUAUCGAGUUGGAUAAUAUAGCGCGAGCAUUGGGAAAUACUGAGGAGCACAUGCAGAGUGUUAGAAUAGAGGAGUCUGCAAGGCACAUGCGUUUUGCCACAGUGAAACUGUUAAAGGACGCGGACCAAUUGAGUAAAGAGCCUAAUUCAAUGCUUAAGCGACGAAAACUUCUCGACGCCAUCCGCUCUCUGAACGAUGCCAUUAAUAAUCUGAGCCGGGCUGCAGAUUCCGCCUAUAGCGGUGACGAAUCGAUCGGCAAUUUGCGUCUGCAGCAAAACUUGUUGCAGACCCUGCAUCCGACGUGCUCUCUAAGCUAUGCAGAAUGCUUGGACACUUUGCAGAGUCAGGCUGACGUUAUAACUAAUAUUUGGGACGAUGUGGGGAGGAGCGUUAGUCUGAAACAACUUCCGUCCGCCGCUUCCCAGGCCGCGGACUGCGCAAUGCAUUGUGCCUAUCUUAUAUCAAUAUCCGAUAAGUAUAAGGAAACAGCCAAAGGCGGCCUUCUGGACGUGUCUGCAAUUAUUAAAGCGAUCGAGUCGAUUCAAGACAACUGUGUGAGAGUCAUUUGUUCUGGAGAUAUGAAUCAGGCCAAGGACAUCGAAGCGGAGUUAUCCGAGAAGGCUCGCCAGAUUCAAGACGCUGUUGCCGAAUCCAAAGGGAAGAUUGACUUGGACGUUGAGAGGGAAUUACUGGAAGUGGCCGAUGAAGUUGACACCGCAAUGAGUGAAUACAGGGAAUCUGUGCACAUUCCUAAUUCCGACGCUACGAGAACAAGUACGUACGCGCUGAGGCUUUCGGACGCCGCGGCGGCUUUGAAGGCGCAAUGUCUCCGGCCGGAGCUGACGCCGACCGCUGCGCAACCGGCUCCUGACACGAUAGCCGCCUGCGACCUGCUGAUCAGCAAUGCCAGAGAGCUUCUGAGUAAAACGGCCGAACUAAUCGAUGGAAGGAAGACAAUUGAGAAGGGAGCUGCCUCGCGUGCCACAUUCGACGCGUCUAAAGCUAGUGUUGUCCAAGCUUUCGAUACGUUAUUAUCUAAUGUCACGGAGCACGGCCGCCUCGCUGGCUUGCUUGAAUCAUCGCAAAUUGAAGAAGAGGAACAAGAAAUUCGAAACAAGAGCUACAUUGCAACUCAAAUGGAUCUGGCUACGAAGUGGCUGAAAUCGCCAACGUUCUCCGAGGCCGCCAAGUCGAGUGGUAUUGAAGGCAUUAAGAACGUGGUCAAGGUUGCUAAAGAGACGGUGGAAGACUUGAAAGAUUUGGAUAACGAAGAAAUGCGGCAAGUCAUUGAAGAAGUGGAAAAGCUCUCAGAAGAAGUUUCUUCGAAAUGUAACAAAGAAAAAUCAAGGAUUCUGAUGGAGCGGUUGCUGGAGCUGAGGAAAAUGAUGGGGCGCGUCCUCGUGGCGCGAGUGGUGGAGGAGUUCUUGGAGGGAGACGCCCAAAUCGACGACUUGGAUUUGAUGCUCGAUCACGACAAAGAAGCGCACUUGGCGAAGCGGCACCGGGUGCUGGAGAGGAGCGCGAGAGCCGUGCGGACGGCUCGGCUGGCUGCCACGUCUGCAACGGCUGCCACGGCCCUCAGCCUGAUACGGACCACGGCUCAGGUCGAACUGCUGGCACCGUCGUUAGUGAAAGCCAUUGAGGAGAGAAUCCAAUCGCCUAAUAAACAGGAAAUCAUCGAAAAUUACAAAGCACUGAUGACUGAGUAUGCGAACACAAUGUCUAUAGUUCAAAGUCUCUGCGACCAGUCGAUAGACCCGGUUGAUUUCGUGCAAGCGGCAGGUGAGACAAUGCACCGCCUGUACGAGGAGUCCCGCGCUCUCCAGGACCCGCUGAAGUGUACGCACACCGACGUCGUCACCAGGUUGGGGCGGCGCGCGGUGGAGGCGGCGCUGGGCUCGCGGCAGGCGCGAGCGGACCCCGAGCUGCGCAGGGCGCUGGCGCUCGCGCAGAGCCGCCUCGCCGACUCCGCUUCCCGCACGCGCCAACGCGACUGGCGCCAGGUCGCCGCAGAGAUCUUGCAGACGACGAGCGAAGUGGAGUCGGCCCUUAGCGGCGAGAACAUCUUCCAGAAAGAGCAUGAUCCCAACCAACCGAUUUUUGCCGCCGCGCUGGACUUGCACGCCGCCGUGCGCGAGUGGUCUGCCAAGGACAACGAAAUAGUGGCCGUUGCCAAGCGGAUGGCAGUUUUAAUGGCACGCCUCUCCAACUACAUGAACCAUGACAAGAAGCGCGAGGUGAUAGCCAGUUCGAAGAGCAUCGUGAAGGCCUCCAGCGAGGUGGCCGCCCUGGCCAGGGCGCUCGCCCUGGAGUGCUCAGACCGGCGCAUCAGGGCGAAUCUGUUGCAGCUGUGUGACCGGAUACCGACCAUCAGCGGUCAGCUGAAGAUGUUGACCACCGUGAAGGGCUCCUCGCUUGGGCAGCAAGGCAACCAAGAAGACAAGGAAGCGAUCAACAUGCUGGUUGGCAACGCGCAAAACUUGAUGCAGAGUAUCCAGGAGGUGGUGGCUGCGGCGGCUGCCGCCUCGGUGAAGAUCAUGUCGCAACGAGGAGCCAGGAUCCGUUGGGUGCGCAAGAACUACUACAACUAC